AUGUCCACCUCCCAGGCAGGAGAAAUGACAUCUUCAGGAGAUGAAGGAUCAGGUGUGACGGAGGAAAUGCUGACGUUUUCGGGAGAACAAACGACUGCUGUAGAUGAAAGCCUUUCCCUUCCAACCGCCACCACAGACACUGUCCCAACUGGAACACUACCGGAUGAAGGGUCCGCAAUAACUGAGGAAAUGGUCACAUAUUCAGGAGAAGAGACUUCAAGUGGUGAAACACUAGAAACAACAAGUCCAGUGACUGUUACCACUGUAGCAGCAGAUGACAAACAAACAGUGACUGAAGACUACUCUGGCAUAACUGAAGAUACGUUGACAGCCUCAGGAGAUGAAACGGGAAGCACAACAGCAGAGCCCACCAGUCCUGCCACAAUGUCCACCUCCCAGGCAGGAGAAAUGACAUCUUCAGGAGAUGAAGGAUCAGGUGUGACGGAGGAAAUGCUGACGUUUUCGGGAGAACAAACGACUGCUGUAGAUGAAAGCCUUUCCCUUCCAACCGCCACCACAGACACUGUCCCAACUGGAACACUACCGGAUGAAGGGUCCGCAAUAACUGAGGAAAUGGUCACAUAUUCAGGAGAAGAGACUUCAAGUGGUGAAACACUAGAAACAACAAGUCCAGUGACUGUUACCACUGUAGCAGCAGAUGACAAACAAACAGUGACUGAAGACUUCUCUGGCAUAACUGAAGAUACGUUGACAGCCUCAGGAGAUGAAACGGGAAGCACAACAGCAGAGCCCACCAGUCCUGCCACAAUGUCCACCUCCCAGGCAGGAGAAAUGACAUCUUCAGGAGAUGAAGGAUCAGGUGUGACGGAGGAAAUGCUGACGUUUUCGGGAGAACAAACGACUGCUGUAGAUGAAAGCCUUUCCCUUCCAACCGCCACCACAGACACUGUCCCAAGUGGAACACUACCGGAUGAAGGGUCCGCAAUAACUGAGGAAAUGGUCACAUAUUCAGGAGAAGAGUCUUCAAGUGGUGAAACACUAGAAACAACAAGUCCAGUGACUGUUACCACUGUAGCAGCAGAUGACAAACAAACAGUGACUGAAGACUUCUCUGGCAUAACUGAAGAUACGUUGACAGCCUCAGGAGAUGAAACGGGAAGCACAACAGCAGAGCCCACCAGUCCUGCCACAAUGUCCACCUCCCAGGCAGGAGAAAUGACAUCUUCAGGAGAUGAAGGAUCAGGUGUGACGGAGGAAAUGCUGACGUUUUCGGGAGAACAAACGACUGCUGUAGAUGAAAGCCUUUCCCUUCCAACCGCCACCACAGACACUGUCCCAACUGGAACACUACCGGAUGAAGGGUCCGCAAUAACUGAGGAAAUGGUCACAUAUUCAGGAGAAGAGACUUCAAGUGGUGAAACACUAGAAACAACAAGUCCAGUGACUGUUACCACUGUAGCAGCAGAUGACAAACAAACAGUGACUGAAGACUUCUCUGGCAUAACUGAAGAUACGUUGACAGCCUCAGGAGAUGAAACGGGAAGCACAACAGCAGAGCCCACCAGUCCUGCCACAAUGUCCACCUCCCAGGCAGGAGAAAUGACAUCUUCAGGAGAUGAAGGAUCAGGUGUGACGGAGGAAAUGCUGACGUUUUCGGGAGAACAAACGACUGCUGUAGAUGAAAGCCUUUCCCUUCCAACCGCCACCACAGACACUGUCCCAAGUGGAACACUACCGGAUGAAGGGUCCGCAAUAACUGAGGAAAUGGUCACAUAUUCAGGAGAAGAGACUUCAAGUGGUGAAACACUAGAAACAACAAGUCCAGUGACUGUUACCACUGUAGCAGCAGAUGACAAACAAACAGUGACUGAAGACUACUCUGGCAUAACUGAAGAUACGUUGACAGCCUCAGGAGAUGAAACGGGAAGCACAACAGCAGAGCCCACCAGUCCUGCCACAAUGUCCACCUCCCAGGCAGGAGAAAUGACAUCUUCAGGAGAUGAAGGAUCAGGUGUGACGGAGGAAAUGCUGACGUUUUCGGGAGAACAAACGACUGCUGUAGAUGAAAGCCUUUCCCUUCCAACCGCCACCACAGACACUGUCCCAAGUGGAACACUACCGGAUGAAGGGUCCGCAAUAACUGAGGAAAUGGUCACAUAUUCAGGAGAAGAGACUUCAAGUGGUGAAACACUAGAAACAACAAGUCCAGUGACUGUUACCACUGUAGCAGCAGAUGACAAACAAACAGUGACUGAAGACUUCUCUGGCAUAACUGAAGAUACGUUGACAGCCCUCAGGAGAUGA